AUGCCCAGGCUGCCUCCUGAAAGCCCCGCCCUCACGGGCUUGCUGAACUGGCUCAUCUCUGCAGGAGUCCUUGGCUCAGUUCAGAGCUCACAGGGGAAUGAACAGAAUCCAGCAAAGCUGGCUUUUUUGAGCGAUAGCUGUAAGACAUCACGUGGGGCCCUGAAAGCCUUGGCGGAGUCUCUCCUUGCUUUCCUGCUGCUGCUGGUCAGAGGCAUGUUCUCCCCAUCCACCCCACCCCCUGGGCCGCUGGAGAAAGUCUUCCAGUACAUUGACCUCCAUCAAGAUGAAUUUGUGCAGAUGCUGAAGGAGUGGGUGGCCGUCGAGAGCGACUCGGUGCAGCCAGUGCCCUGCCUGCGACGAGAGCUGCUUCGGAUGGCGGGCCUGGCCGCAGACCGGCUCCGGGGCCUGGGAGCCCGCGUGGCCUCGGUGGACGCAGGCUUUCAGCAGCUGUCUGAUGGUCAGACCCUCCCAAUACCUCCCAUCCUCCUGGCUGAACUGGGCAGUGACCCCAAGAAGCCCACCGUGUGCUUCUACGGCCACUUGGAUGUGCAGCCUGCCAGACAGGAGGACGGGUGGCUCACGGACCCAUACACGCUGACGGAGGUGGACGGAAAACUUUAUGGCCGAGGAACAACAGACAACAAAGGACCAGUUUUAGCAUGGAUCAACGCGGUGAGCGCGUUCAAGGCCCUGGACGAGGACCUCCCGGUGAACAUCAAAUUCCUCAUCGAAGGGAUGGAGGAGUCUGGGUCUCUAGCCCUGGAGGAACUUGUCCAGAAAGAAAAGUCUGGGUUCUUCUCGAGUGUGGACUGCAUUGUGAUUUCGGACAACCUGUGGAUUAGCCGGAGGAAGCCAGCGCUCAUCUACGGGACGCGGGGGAACAGCUACUUCACCGUGGAGGUGAAAUGCCGGGAUCAAGAUUUCCACUCGGGGACCUUUGGUGGGAUCCUCAACGAACCCAUGGCGGAUCUGGUCGCUCUUCUUGGCAGCCUGGUGGACGCAUCUGGCCGCAUCCUGGUCCCUGGGAUCUAUGGGCAUGUGGCUCCUGUUACAGAAGAGGAGAAGAGGGUGUACGAGGCCAUCGACCUGGACAUGGAGGAGUACCGGAACAGCAGCCAGGUUAAGAAGUUCCUGUUUGACACCAAGGAGGAACUUCUAAUGCACCUAUGGAGGUACCCAUCUCUUUCUAUCCAUGGGAUAGAGGGUGCGUUUCAUGAGCCUGGAGCCAAAACAGUCAUUCCUGGCCGAGUCAUAGGAAAAUUCUCCAUCCGUCUAGUCCCUCACAUGGAUAUGUCUGUGGUGGAGACCCAGGUGAAGCAGCAUCUUGAAUACAUAUUCUCCAAAAGAAACAGCUCCAACCAGAUGACUGUUUCCAUGGCACUGGGACUGCACCCGUGGAUCGCAAAUAUCAGCGACCAUCAGUAUCUUGCAGCAAAAAGAGCCAUCAAAACAGUGUUUGGGACAGAGCCAGAUAUGAUCCGGGAUGGAUCAACCAUACCCAUCGCCAAGAUCCUCCAGGACACCACCCAGAAAAGUGUGAUAAUGCUGCCACUGGGCGCUGUGGAUGACGGAGAGCACUCUCAGAAUGAGAAGAUCAACAGGUGGAACUACAUAGAGGGAUCCAAAUUAUUUGCUGCCUUUUUCCUCGAGAUGGCAAAGCUGCAUUCAUCAUGGUAGGAACCUUCCAGCCUCGGUCUGAAUUGCUAAGAGAUUCCCCUCUCACAUGACCCUGGGCAAGAACAGAAUCUAAAUAUCCAGAGAGUUUUGCUCUUGAAAAUAAUGUUUCCCCUCCCGUUUUAGAGUGUCCCUGGACUUUUGGACCAGUAAUAAAAUAUCUCUGAGGCACA